CUCAAUUACCGCUUCUUCCAAACCAAUAAUCACGCCACUAAUCCUCACAAAAGCCAGUCUCAAAUGCACCAAAACUUCCACUAACACUAAAUGUAUUCUUCAAUUCACAUUCCAAUUCCAACUUUAGAUCUUCCAAGCAAAAAUGGGUUUUCCUUUUCCCUAUGAAUCCAUCUUCAUGAUCAUAACCUUUUGUCUUUUUUCUUCCACUUUUGCUCAACAGCCAUACAUAAGAGAGGACAACACAGAUUGUGACAGCAAGCACAACGAAAGCUCUGCUCUUGGCUACUUUUGCAAUGGCGUCAACAGAAGUUGCCAAGCUUACCUCACUUUCAGAUCAACUCCUCCUUACAACACCGUUAUUGCCAUCUCUCAUCUUUUAUCUGCUGACCCUUCUGAGGUCUCCAAGAUCAAUUCGGUUUCGAAGAAUUCGACGUUUGAAACAAACGACUUGGUGUUUGUUCCGGUCAACUGCUCGUGUUCUGGUGAGUUCUAUCAAAGAAACGCGUCUUAUAUUAUCAAGUCAGGCGACACUUAUUUGGCUCUUGCAAAUAACACCUUCCAAGGCCUGACGACAUGCCAGGCUUUUGCCAAUCAAACCGGUAAUCCUCCUCCUUUGGAGCUUGAAACUGGUCAAAGAAUAGUAGUUCCUCUUAGAUGUGCUUGUCCCACAAAGAACCAAGCUGAUGUGGGAGUCAACUAUCUAAUGAGCUACUUAACUGAUGCUGAUGAUGAUGAUUCAAAAAUUAGUGAAGCUUUUAGUGUAGAUAAUGAAUUGCUUCUGAAAACAAAUCUUCUUUCCGACCUAGACAACACUAUAUAUCCGUCUACUACUAUAUUGGUUCCUCUUAAAACCCCACCGACACCGUCAAACUCUCAAACCAUAAAGCCGCCGCUGUCUUCACCGUCUCUGCCCCCGCCGCCGCCAGCACCAUUGCCUCCCAGUUCUUCCUCAAAAUCAAAGAGAACUUGGCUUUAUGCCCUGCUUGGUGCUAUUGGAGGAAGUGCUCUUCUGUUAGUCUUAGGCACCUUUGUCUUCUGCAAUGUUUUCCGCAGAAGCACGAAGAAAAGCGAUUCGGUUCUUGUCACGAAAACCUCUGAGGCAAGUGGAAAGGUUCAGAAAGAAAUUCGAGAGUUCUUAGAUAGCAUAUCGGAUAUAGCUCAACCCUUUAAAGUUUACAAGUUUGAGGAGUUAAAGCUGGCAACUGAUGAUUUCAGCUCUAGUUGUUUGAUUGAAGGAUCUGUUUACCGCGGCCAAAUUGAGGGGAAUUUGGCAGCCGUCAAGAAAGUGGAUGGAGAUGUUCGAAAAGAGAUCAAUUUACUUCAGAAGAUAAACCACUUCAAUCUAAUUCGCCUCUCUGGAGUUUGUUUCAACGAGGGAUAUUGGUAUCUUGUUUAUGAGUAUGCUUCCAAUGGACCCUUGAGUGACUGGAUCUUCAAUGAUGGGAAAUUUCUGAAUUGGACGCAGAGAAUUCAGAUCGCUAUAGACGUGGCCACAGGGCUGAAUUAUCUUCACAGCUUCACCAAUCCUUCUCAUGUUCACAAGGACAUAAACAGCAGUAAUAUAUUUCUCGACAGCGAUUUCAGGGCUAAGAUUGCGAACUUCGGUCAAAUGAGAGCAACACAAGCGAAAGAAGGUGAUUUUUCUUUGACAAGUCACAUAGUAGGGACAAUUGGUUACUUAGCUCCUGAGUAUUUGCAAAAUGGGUUGGUCUCUUCAAAGCUUGAUGUCUAUGCAUUUGGGGUUCUAUUGCUUGAAAUGCUCACUGGGAAAGAGAUUUCUGUGUUGUGUGAAGAGAAUAGGAACUUUUUUUCUGAUGGAUUGAGUGAAGUGAUUGCUGAUGAAGGGAAAGACAGUUUGAGGCAGUUUAUGGAUCCAUCAAUGCAAGGGAAAUAUCCUUCUGAGUUUGCCACUUUUGUGGUCAGAAUUAUUGAUAGUUGCUUGGAGAAAAAUCCCGAAGCUCGCCCACCAAUGGAUGAGAUUGUGCAGUUUCUCUCGAGAACUUUGAGCGAUGCACUCACCUGGGAAUCGGCGAACAACAAUACUGCAGGAGGGCAAAGUUCAAGGGGCGCUCUUGAAUCUUGAUGACAGGAAACGGGUCUAAUGACGUCCGUGAGGC